AUGGGGGUCAUCAAGUUUCUCAAAUCCAAGCUCUGUCGCAAAACAGCCACCAUGCCUGCCUCUAAAAUCAAGCUGAUCGCCAACCCCGACUACCGCAAAUCGGGCACCAAGUCUUAUCUACACACGAUGCGCAAGUACCGCUUCACCCCGACGCUAGGCGGCCCCUACUUUCUGGGCACCACCCUGCACCAGACGGGCCGCCAGUACACAGACAAGCCCGUUGGGGGCAAGGCCCGUCUGCGACAGGUGAUGCAGAAGAGCAGCGACGGCCAUGUCGGGGAAGUCGAUGCCGACGAUGUCCAGAACGAUGCGAUGUACCUCGCACAGGUGGGGAUCGGAUCACCGGCUCAGAACCUACAGUUGGAUUUCGAUACAGGCUCAGCGGAUCUUUGGGUCUGGUCUACACAACUGCCCUUUGAAACGCUGGCGCUUCAUAAACAUCAUACCGUCUUCGACCCGGAGAAGUCGUCGUCGUUCAAGACGAAGGAAGGGUCGCGCUGGAAGAUCUCGUACGGCGAUGGCUCGUCGGCGUCUGGGAGUGUCGGCACUGAUGUCGUCGAUAUCGGCGGCGUGAUCGUUAAGAACCAGGCCGUCGAGCUAGCGCAGCACCUGUCGACGCAGUUCGCCGUUGGGAAAGGCGAUGGUCUGCUCGGGCUCGCAUUCAGCAAUAUCAACACGGUCACGCCCCAGGCCGUGAACACGCCUGUGCAGAACAUGAUUACGCAAGCCGACAUCCCCAAGUCGGCGGCGCUGUUCACAGCGAAGCUGGGCUCAUGGCGGGACGCCAACGAGCCGGAUAAGGGCGAGUCGUUCUAUACUUUUGGCUACAUUGACCAAGACACGGUGAAGGAGUCCGGACAGGAGAUCGCAUACACGCCCGUCGACAAUAGCCAGGGAUUCUGGCUGUUUGAUUCUGGGUCUGCGACGGUGAACGGUAAGUCCAUUGCGCGGUCUGGGAAUAAGGCGAUUGCCGAUACUGGGACUACGCUUGCGCUAGUCGACGAUGAGACUUGCAAGGCCAUUUAUGAUGCUAUCGAGGGCUCGUCGUACGAUGAGGAGAACCAGGGGUAUAUUUUCCCGUCGAACACGCCGGCCCAUAAGCUGCCUGUUGUGACCUUUGCCGUUGGGGACAAGCAGUUUACUGUCCAGAAGGAGGAUCUGGGCUUUGCGGAAGCCAGGGAGGGAUAUGUCUACGGGGGUAUCCAGAGCCGCGGGUCUAUGCAAAUGGAUAUCCUGGGCGAUACCUUCUUGAAGGCAAUCUACGCAAUCUUUGACGUGGGAAAUCUUCGGUUUGGCGCGGUUCAGCGUAAGGAGCUUCAUCAGAACCUGUCGCCUCCUCCGCAAUAG